UCUCCCUUUCUCUCUCUCUGUCUCUCUCUCCCCACAAAAUCCCUAAAAAUCCCAAUCUCAGACACAAAGAGAUUCAAAGGAAUCUCGUCUUCUUCCCUUCCCUGCCCUUUCCUUCCUCUCUCUCUUUCUCUUGUAUUUUCUCUCUCAUUUUCCUCUGAUCCAAACAAUGCCUCUCCUUCAACCUUCUCCUUGAAACCAGAAAAACAGAGAAAAAGCGGAAAAAAAUCGGAAUAUAAAUUAUGAAUAAUUCUUGGUUUGACAAAACCUUCAAUGGGGUCAACGAUGAUUUCUUUGAUGACGUAAUAAAGUAUUUGGAUUUCCCAUUGGAAGAUGUUGAAGCCAACGAUGGUAGUGGCGGUGGUAGUAGUGGAGAAGAUGUUAUAAAAGAUUUUCAUUUGCCUCUUGAAGAUAGUGGUGGAGGUGGGGGUGGUGAAGAGUGGGAUUGUAACUUUCAAAACUUGGAGCCGCCACCUGCAAAUGUUUUGGCUGGAUUGUCUUCUGGCUUUUAUGGGGAUUUUUUCGGUGAUAAUUUGGCAAAAAACCUUACUGUCUCAUGUGAUGGAUCAUCUCAGCUAAACCAGCAAACAAGUACUACCAAAGCAUCCUCCAGCAGAAGCAUUACCCUAAACAGCGAGUCUGCUGAUCUCAAAGGUUCAAACCAGUUCCAGACCUCCAGUCCAGUAUCUGUACUUGAAAGCAGUAGCUCUUGCUCAGCUGCAAAUCCCACACCUAUUGAUCCUAAUCUCAGUUUCCCAGUGAAGCGCAGUCGAAGCAAGCGCCGACGAGUAUCUACCUUCAACCUGCACUUCUCAUUGCCAUUCAUUUCCUCCACCUCCUCUACCUCCAGAGGAUCUAAUUCUCUGGUUGGUUCUGAAUCAGAAUCAGAAAGCCAUCUUACUGAGAAAUCUGCCAAAAAGAGACAGAAGAAGAAAAGGAACCUGACAUUGCUUUCAGGAUCCAGUGAGAUCAAGAAAUCCCCCUCCCAACAGCCAGUUGUUGUUAGGAAAUGUAUGCACUGUGAAGUCACAAAAACUCCACAAUGGAGAGAAGGGCCGAUGGGCCCAAAGACCCUCUGUAAUGCAUGUGGGGUUCGCUACAGGUCUGGCCGCCUCCUUCCAGAGUACCGUCCUGCUGCUAGUCCUACAUUUGUGUCAUCAUUGCACUCCAACUCUCAUAAGAAGGUUGUAGAAAUGAGAAAAAAAGCCAAGCUGCCGAUUUCUGUGAUGCCAUCAAUGUUGUCAAUCCCACCAGAAAAUUCAUUUGGAUAGCAACGGCAUUGAUCAUUAUUAGUCGGGAAAGCUUCAAAUAGUGAGCUUCCUUGUUCUGUGUCUUAUAUUAAUUUUUUGUUUCACUUUUUUUUUUUUUCCUUAUUUCUCAGUGUGUACAUUGAUUGAAUAAGUAGGAACUUAGAUGAUGACAUGUUUGGCAAUUGGCAGAAGGGACAGGCAGGAAUAGGCAGAGAAUAUCUCAGUGAAAGUAGAGGAUGGAGGGUGGAUUUUCAAAUUAGGUUUAGUGAUGCUUAUGCCAUCUUAGAGGUGCUUAACAUGUUUGACAGUAUCAGGUCUCACCCUAUUCAUUUAUUCUUCUUAAAUGCAAUUUUUUUAGUGUC